UUUCCGUUUCCACCGUGUCUUUCCCGUUGCAAACGUCAAGUUUUGUUGUGUCCCUUGUUGCUACCCGUCCGUUUCUUACGAAGCCUCCUGCUUAGAAAUGGCUGAAGCUCCGCCACGGCCCUACCGGUUUUUUUGUCACCGGUGUUCAGCAGAGAUUAGUCCGCGUUUACCGGACUACACCUGUCCACGCUGUGAAUCUGGUUUCAUUGAGGAACUGCCUGAGGAAAGAAGUAGUACUGAAAAUGGGUCCGCAUCCACGUCCUCCUUCAGUGAUCAGAACCGCCCAGCCUUUGAGAGCAUGGAUCACCAACACUUGUUCACAUUUCCCUCGGGGUACGGUCCGUUCGCCCUUGGCAUUUUUGAGGAGAACUUCGACCUUCGAACGCAGCUACCCACAGAGGACAACCGAGAGACAGAAAACAGGAGGGAAAGGGAAAUGGCAUCACGGCAAAGAUACAGCGCACGGCAACCGCGCGGUCGACAUGUUCCUCGACGACAGGGUACACGCCAUGAAGGAGUGCCCACAUUAGAAGGAAUUAUCCAGCAGCUAGUAAAUGGAAUCAUUGCACCUACAGCCAUGCCAAAUAUGGGGAUGGGACCAUGGGGUAUGCUACAUUCCAAUCCAAUGGACUACGCCUGGGGUGCCAAUGGUCUUGAUGCUAUCAUUACACAGUUAUUGAACCAGUUUGAAAACACAGGUCCCCCUCCUGCAGACAGAGAAAGGAUAAAGAGUUUACCCACCAUUACCAUUACAGAGGAACAUGUGGGUGCUGGUUUAGAGUGUCCUGUGUGCAAAGAAGACUACAGCGUUCAGGAGACUGUUAGACAACUGCCAUGUAAUCAUUUGUUUCACAAUGACUGUAUAGUACCGUGGCUGGAACAGCACGAUACGUGUCCUGUGUGCAGGAAGAGUCUUAGCGGUCAGAACACAGCCACGGACCCACCAGGGUUAUCAGGAAUGAACUUCUCUCCCUCGUCCUCCUCCUCUUCCUCCCCCAGCUCACCUAGCAAUGAGAAUGCUGCCAGAAACUCAUAGAUUUUCACCGUCACCUCACAGCUGAAAACCUCACAACGUACGUCACACCCAACGGCUCUGUGCUGAAACCAGUCAAACUGUCUCAAUUCUAGGGGGCGAUAUGAGUCGAGCUGAACUCUGAAUCUGUCGCAGACUUGAAGUCGUCAUUCCUCCCCCUGUACUGAACGGACACUGGGUCCAGCUCCUGCUGUUGUUGCAGACUCUUUGAGGAGGUGGGACUGGGCAGUUUUGGAGGAUCCAGAAAGGCUGUGAAUAAUAGUAAAGUGGUAUUGUGACCAGAACUGGAGCAGAGUUUAAGCCAGAGUGGACUGCUUUUUGAUGGAGACAUGUCUUUGCCACGAGGCUGAGGCACAUUUUAUAUUGAAAAGACAGAAUGCUCUUUUUUUAAAACAUAGCCUGGUGCAGAGUCCAUAGAUGUGUAGAUAGAGAAUUCAUUUUGAACGGUCGGCCACUGUACAGCUAGGGGAUCAAA